CGAUUGGGGAGGAGCAGGUGAAGGGCACAGUGGCGCUAAUUCGUUAUGGGAAGAAUUUCAGAGGGGAUAAGGUUCGGAAUGCGGAGAGGUUCGGCCUGGCAGCAGUGCUGCUGUACUCCGAUCCAGCGAACUAUGCGCCAGAGGGCACUGAGGAGGCUUAUGUGUACCCGCAGAACCAAUGGCUGCCCGCCACUGGCGCCCAGAGAGGCACCGUCUACACAGGCAAGGGCAACCCAGCCACCCCCAGGUGGCCGUCCCACCCCGGCGAGGAGAGGCUGAGCAAUGAGACAGCAAAGAGGCUGCCACGGAUCCCGGUGCUGCCGGUGGGGUACAGCGUGGCGGAGGCCGUCAUGGCGCACAUGGGGGGCACGGCCGUGCCGCAGGACUGGCGUGGCGGCAUGCUGGGUGUGCACUAUGUGUUUGGGCCGGGACCCGCUGCAGUUGACCUGGAGGUGCAGGUGAGAGUGCCUUAG